AUGAAUUCUACUCAAACAGUUUCGCCUUUAUUUGUUGCCAGUGUUAAAAUAAAAGCAUUAAGCGAACACAAUCCUCACUCAAACAAAACAUAUGUAUUUCCUGAGUCGGAGAGUUAUGCAAUCUUUUUGGCGAAAUCUGAAUAUGUUGUAUACUUUUUAACUGUUGCCUAUUUUGUAUUUCUUCCAUUUUAUGUAUAUGUGAACAAAGUUAAUCGACGAAGAGACGAAAAAAUGAUCAUUUUCCCGAUUACCAAUGAUUUUUAUAAAAUGGUGAUUAUCACUGUGCUACUUUACAUUUUUUACGCAGCGAUGGCCAUUUUCGUUGAUCAUGGGAACUUGAAAGAGGGCAAUAUGACAGUAUUUGGUUAUUUGAUGUUCACGGCCCACUACACACUUUGCCUGAGCAUUCAAGUUUUCUAUUGGUUGAUUGUUGCUCUUGCAAUUGAACGAUUUCUCCUUUACUUUUGCCCAUCCACCGAAAAGCUUAUCACAUCAGUACGAAACUAUGCUAUGCAUUAUUCCAUGGAAAUUCUUAUUAUACUGUCUUCAUUGCUUUAUCUUCCGAUAAUGAUAAGUGUUCGAAAGCUUUUUCAUUUAGCAUCGGCAGAACAAAAUCAACCACAAAGAUACAUAUUCUGGCAGACAAUGGUAGUGUUGAUUUUCAAAUCGGUAACUCUCCUGCAUAAGCUAUUGCACUGACAAAUGGUGUCACUUUAUCAAUAGCUGAAACUUUGCAAAUAAACAUUGAGGUGUUCACGAUUCCUUUAAUGAUAAUGAUGUCCUAUUUGGGGUGUAACAAACGGGACUUAACAGUUACAUUUACAUCAUUUAACUUGAAAUACUUUUUGAGAACCAUUUUUAGUUUCUACGAUGCAAUUGUUCAACCGCAAGUUGGCAGUGUAUAUACAUUGAGCACGUGA